AGACCCCGUCGGACCCGCUGCCGGAGCAGGGAUCUCCCCCCGCCUCAUGGAGAACAUCCACGAACUACAGCACCCGCUGCUGGCCAAGUCCUCCGGGGGCGCCCCGGCGGGGGACACGCGGCGGGAACACCCCGGCUUCUUCGCUCGGCCCGGCUGGAGGCGCCUGCCCCCGCCGCCCCCCGAGCCGGCCCAGCAAGUGCUGGACGCCGGGACCCUGCAGAGGACAGUGGAGCCGCUGGGCAGCCCCGAGCCGGCCCCCCACCCGGGCCCCACAUGGAAGGCCGGGGAGCCCCCCAGCUGGAGGAAGCAGGGUUACUGCGAGACGGCUUUUGGGGAGCCGGCCGAGCGCCCCAAGAAGCUCUGCCUGGAGAAGGACAUUCACACGGUCUGCUGCGAAGUGGGCGACGGGGAGCUGCUGCCUGAGUUCGAGAACGACUCGUCGAGCGACAGCGACAGCGACUUCGGCCUGAUGCUGCCGCAGGAUCACCUGGGCCUGGCUGUGUUCUCCAUGCUCUGCUGCUUCUGGCCUCUGGGCAUCGCCGCCUUCCACCUCUCCCAGAAGACCAACAAGGCCUCGGCCAAGGGCGAUUUCCCGGGGGCGCGGGCGGCGUCGCGUCGGACCUUCGCGCUGGCCGUGCUCUCCAUCCUGCUGGGCGUCUGCACCUACAUUGGCGCCGUGGUCGCGCUCAUCGCUUACCUGUCCGACAAGGGCCCCCCCUAG